UCCCGUUCAAUGCUGGCUGCACCUGCCAUCUACCACCACGACGACCACGACCACCGCCUCCUUCUCGUCGCCGCCGCCCACAUCCACCCGCGUGCGCACCGCUCCACCUUCGAAGUAGCUGCCGUCCGACUGCUCUUCGCGCCCGCAACUCGCGCACAAUGGCCUCCACGGGGGCGAAUGUCCUUCGCUGGGGCGCACUGGUCUUCGGCGUCUUUUACGGCUUCUCACACCAGCAAGCUAUCCACUCAAAAGACAAGGCCAAUGCUCAAAAGGCAGAAUACGAUCGCAAGGCCAAGUUGAUACAACAAGCAAAGGCAAAAUUCGCGGAGCAGAACUCGCCACGAACUGGUGAUGGCGUGAUAACAAACCCUGACGACCCGAAGUUCGAUCUGGAAGCAUAUCUGCAAAAGGUCGCCAAGGAGAGCCCAUGAAUACGAGAGCACGUAAUGCACACAUGAAAGUCAUAGCGAAGCAAAGGCAAUCGCCAAGUCGAAGUAGGCCCCGGCGCCAGGGCGAACGAAGUCAUAGACAGCCUGCUGAUUGUAUAUACCCUGUACAACAUUCAAUCAACGCCUGCUAGUAGCUUUGCUAGUUGGAAAUGGAGGCGAGGCUUGCACUG